AUGUUACCAGGGAUUCCAAAAAAAGAUCAUAUUGAAACUUUAAAUAAAACUAAUCCAGGUGCCAAUUUGAAAUUUGUACCAACCUUAAAUGCGAUGGUAAUGUUUGUUCCAAUGUAUCGUGAUGAUCCAUUUACAAUUCAUUAUAAUGAUUUUGUUUGGGACCCAAUUGAAUACAAUACAAUAAUUGGCCUAUUAGUUGAAAACUCCAAUAAAUGGUCUCCAAAAACUCUUUCAAAUCAAUAA